AUGCACUUGCUAAUUUUGACAGUGUUGUUUAUUGGUGUUGUUUCUCUACAACCUGACCGUACCGUCCUUGGACCGCUUUCAGAAGAAGAUGGGAACGAUGAAACUGCAGUACAUGAAGAUUCCGAUUCGAAGAACUCUAGAUCUGACGAGAUUGCUGAGAAAUUGAUUGCAAAUACGAUGAGCGAAAAAGAGAAAAAUAGGGCGGGAAAUGACCAACAAGAUUCUAUUUCACGCAGCUUCAGUGUAAGAAAUGGAAUAAAAACAAGCAAAAGAGACCAAGUUAAAAUCAAAAGAAGAACCAAGGAUCAGAAUCUCAAAGAUAAGAAACGGCUUUACAAAUGGUACAACCAUCAUGGCCAUGGAUGGCGAAGCUUGAAUAAUAGAAUCAAACGUGGAAAGAAAGCAGCAUUUGGUUUAAACGCUAAAAGAGAUAUAAUAAGGAACCCUCAGAAGAAAAUGGUUAAUACCGAAACCGAGGCUGCAUCUCUACACAUUAAAGGGGUCAAGAAACCUUGUCGUAUAUCAGACGAAAUGGUCGCCAUGGCACUCGAUGUACACAGAGCAUAUCGAAAAGAGGAACACGCUGAAAAUAUGUGGUCGCUGGAUUGGGACCAAGAUCUUGCUGAAUUAUCACAAGGUUUAGCCGAUGAAUGUGUAUUUAAGCACACAAACCUAGAGUUCGCGAAUGGUGUACGUGUCGGUCAAAAUUUAGGCGCUACAACAGGCAGUAAUCAUUCUAUUGAGAGAAUGGUGCACUUGUUUAUGAACGAAAAAGCCGAUUAUAAUUAUACAGAACAUAAAUGGACUAAUGUUGUUGGACAUUAUUUACAAGUCGUUAAUUGGAGGACCAUUAAAGUUGGUUGUGCAGUAAAUAAAUGUGACAACUUGUACAUUUCACACGGAGAUCAACAAGAAGUAUGGAACAAUGCUUGGUAUUGGGUCUGUGAUUAUUGGCCUCCUGUAUCUUACAAAACAAGACCUUACGACUAUAAAGAUGGCCAAGUAUGUUCCGAAUGUAUGGUACCGAAGGACAGCGGACUUGGCUGGAGAUGUGAAGAUCAAACCUGCCAGGAUUGUAAGCUUGACGGAACUGAUCCAAGCUGUAAACAAUCGAAGGAGUGCACUUCAUUUGACGAAGACAAGAAUAUAAACUGUCCAUUAUAUGCAUCAUUCGGAAUGUGUGGAGGUCACAAUUUCAAGUGGAGUUUAAUUAAUUGCCAGACAUCGUGCAAAUUAUGUUCCACGGUAAAUGAUGCAUUCGUAGACGAAUCCUAACCAGCUGUGGAUGAACUAAAUUUGGAAAUGAAUUGAAUCGCCCACGGUUAUUCCUAUGGACUAACAGUAGAACAUGCUUUUAAUUCACAUACGUAUAUCAACAUAAAACACACCAGGACUUAUUUUAACCAGUUUGGAUAU